AAAUAUUAUUAGCUUCUUCUUUAUCUCACUCUCGUUAUUUCUGUUAAAUGUUCAAUCCAACUGCAUAUUCUAAGGUUAUCUAAAAGAAAAAAAGUGAAAUUCCAUUAGGAAAUGGGUUUAAGUUCCCUUUCUCGUCAUACCGCUAUAGCGGCAUUAUUUUUAGUGGCUGCCAGCAUUGUUGCCAUAUAUUGGGUCUAUGAGGAUAUCACGAAUAAACGCCUACAUCCCACCGAUGAUGAUGAUGAUUUUACCUUAGAGUAUGGGGAAUUGGUUCUCUAUAUGAUUGGUAUAUUGGCAUCUGUGCUCAUGUUCCUUGGCGUUUCUAUGAGACGACGAUUCCUGUUGAUACCCUUGUUUUUUGUAGGCCUGGUUUUUGUUGCAUUUAAAGCUUAUAUGUCAUACAGAAUCUAUCGUGACGACAUUAAUGCUUUAGGUUUUAAUGCAUUCCUGUAUGGAGGCGGAACAUUUGCUGUUCUGAGUCCAACAUAUGGUGUAUGGCGUGAAAUAAAGGCGGAGGAUGCCCAGAAGCACAAGAAAUAUGAACCAACAACUGAGGUGAAAAAACUUCAGCAAUAAUUAUUAAUACCUAAAAAUAUUUUCUAUGUAAAACACAUAGUUAUUUUAU